UAAGAUACUCUUAAUUCGCAGAAGCGAUCUAAUCUAGGCAUAUCGCCCCCGAAUUCUAGUUUCAAUCUUUGCUUAUGUCGACGAUCCAUCCUUUCAUAGCUCUUGUGCGGGAGGGUCGUUAUAAUUUGCCUCAAUGGUAUACGAUGCUCCCUCUCGGUGAAAUUGUAGAAUAUGUAAGCUACAAUUUUGAGUGGAGCCCUAAAGAUUCUAUUUACAAAUUGAUUCUCAUGUUUUGCCUGCCGGAAAUGCAAAAGCGGUGGGAGACUCUUAGGUUACGUUUACUUAAUACAAGUGAUAAUGGCGUUCGGCAACUCAUUUUCCAUUAUGCACAGGAGGGAAAGAUCAUUCACUUGGCUGCUUUGCUUUUGAUAGAUCCGCCUCAUUUUGAUAGAUCCGCCUCAUUAGGGAAAGAUCAUUCCAUUAUGCAUAAGUUAACUACAAUUGAGAUGGCACGCCAACUCGUUGCAACUAAGAUGGUGUCACUAAUUGUUGAGGACCAGAAAUUAACGGGUAGAAGCAAUAAAUUGAUUCAGAAGAAGAGGUUGAUGAUGUCUGUGUUGGCGUUGCUUGAAAUCUGUGAGAGGAUUGGUGUUGAGAUGGAAUAUCUGGUGUCCGGAUCGCAUGUCAUUUAUACUCAGAGUUCGAACCGGGCUGAAUCAAUGGCAGAGCUUCUUGUUUUCAUGUUCAAGGAUUCAGGCUUCCCAGUCACGAAUGAACUUGAAGUUUUCAAACAUAUGAACUGCAAAAGUUUCUUGGAUGAGCCGCAAGGGAAUGUGUCAGGUGAGCUUUGGGGAUUUACAUUUGAAAAGGAUCCUUACUACCCACUGUACAACAAAUUUGAGAGUCCUGCAGUAAUAGAUAAUCGAAGAGCUAGAAUGCAACUUGGGCAGCAGCGGAGGUCAAUCUCGACACACUCCUUGCGAGAGAAACCAGGUUUAUGUUCUUUGGUGCAGUCAUUUUGUAUGUCACAGAGGUUUAACACAAGGUUCAGUCCAAAGUUUUGCACAAAUACUGAAGCUCAAACAAGGAAAACAUUCCAAGUCAUCAGGAAACAUGUUCCAGGUCUUGUGUUAAGCCAAAAAAUUUCCUCUUUUCUGUCAGCCAUCAAGAGGGGUAUUUGAUAUACUUAAGUGACAUAUCUUCAGGUCUCAACAAGCCUUACCCGAAAGCUAUUUGAUAGUGUGUUAAUCGCUGAGCUAAAGAGCUAGGGCCAGGGUGAGCAAGCCACCUUUGAGCUAUUUUAAUACUCCCAUGUUCUGCCGGAGAUCUCUCAGUUCAUUGAAAGAAGUCCUCGCGUAUGGAAUUGCCUUUUGAGCAAUGUUCAAUAUAAUAUGGCUUGACAAGUUUAGGCCAAGAAUGUUUGCUCCUUUGGUAUCUUUUGGUCGCCACUGCUACCUUAUUUUAUUGAUCAUUGUAUUUAAUUAUCAAAAAGCGUUUAAAUUUUGUUCAAGGUCUAAAUGACUGCUUUAGCUUCUUUGUUUUCACUUCAGUGACCUAAUAUAUGCGUGCGUGAUGUAUAUACGAUGUAUGUAUAUACUAUACUCUCUCUACUGUGAGAGAAUAAGCAAGGGGCAUGUAACAACUGAAGGUUGUAUGGGAAAGCAAAUGAUAAUAGCAUGGAAACUCAUCCAUCUUCUGUG